ACCAAUCGGAGAGAAAGAAUCCGCAAGAAUAUAUCGUCUCGCACUGUGGUCGCACGGACAGCCAGAACACACAGCCAUCGGACGAGAAUCGCAGCCAUCUCUGUGCUCUGGUAAGGAGGAAAAAUUCGGAGAGCUCGAGUGGAGAACGCAAAAAUUGGACAAAUUUCAGCUCCGGUCAGUGGUUUACGGUUCGAUAGUUUCUUCCGGUGCUACAUUUUUCGGACAGAUGAUGCGUGCGGGCCGUGUUUGACCCCGAAAAUCGAUGUUUUUCUGCCAGAUCGGCGACGGGGAAAAAGUUCAUGUUCGGAUGGAGAUUUUUUUUUCUUGUGUACUACUAGGGUCGUGAAUGGCUUUUUUCGAUGUGAAAGCUAGAAAUCAUUUUCUUAGUUUAGCUCCUCUAGAGGUUCCGUUAGUGUGUACGUGUAAGGUCCGUCGUUCUAGUGUUAAGUGAUUGUCGCAGUGUUUCUGUGAAGUGUCGGCUUAGUGAAAACAAGGUAUCAGUUUUCUUUUUGCGAAAAAGUAUCAAUCACCAGCAAAAAGUGUGAAUGGGGAAAGGCAAUCUGAAAGCUAGCGAAAAAGAGUGCGACGCAUGCACCAGAUAGGGGGAAAGAAAAAGUGGUACGGAAUCGUAGUUAGUGUGAGUGAGAGUUGUAAAAAUGCAUUCAUAGCAUUAGGCAGUAAAAACGAAAUUAUUGUCCUUGCAAAAUAAUUACUCUGCGCUAGCGAUUAACGAAACAAAAGUAAAUCAAGUUUGGCAUAAUAAAGAAAGAAAAUCAAUCGAGAAAAAAACCCGACGAUUGAUCCUCUGGAGAACUGUCAUUAAUCGCACACGCACACUACCGAGAACACGACUAGAUUCCUAUUCGAUUGAUUUUUGCUACUGCGGCUCUGUUUGUUUCAUUCUGCUGUGCUAACUAACUGGUCUCGCAUAUUCCGGUUCUUCAUGCUUGAUGGCAGCGAGCAGGACUUGUAGCUGAAAACAACAGAAACGGGUGCUGAGUAGCAACUGGAGAACGUUCCUCUCAACCAUUGGACAUCGUCGCGUCCGGACAUUUGACGUUGGAUUAGCUUCCGUCGGCCUCACCUAGUGUAAAACAGGCAGCGAAAUUUAUAUAAUCAUCAGUAUAAUCGAAACGCGAAAAAGUGCUGUGCUGUGAAAUCACUCAAUUUUCCGGUUGUUGUUGUCGUUGCGGCUUGGCUUUGGUUUUCUUUACAGAAAAAGGUCUUCUUUCCGUGAGUCAGUGUUUUUUUUGUGGUAUCUCGUAUUGGUUGAAAAUCAAUAUAGCCACCAGUGGUCAAGUGUAGGUGCGUUUAUUUGUGGCAAACAAAAAGGCGGAAGGAAGACCAAGUGAAGAAGCUAUCUGGGUGCUAUUUUGUAAUUAUCGUCAUUUUCGCAACGAAUAAGAAAAAGCAGAAAAAAUCACGGCGAAUCUGCUGCCGUUUGGGUCACGCAGCUAGGUCUUAUCACUGGCAGUGAGAUAGUGCCACCAAAGAUUGACCUUUCGAUAGUGGUCUGUCUGCUGCAGACAGCAGUGUAGUGGGGGCAACGACAGCAGCAGAAUGUCCAGCGAAGAGGACAAACCACCGGCACCACCGGUACGGCUUACCAGCAAUCGAGGUGGUGGCGAUCGGAUCGAUAGUACCGCACCGGUGGACAUGAAACCCCUGCCGAAAGAACCAGAUGACGCGGAUCGGAAGAAGAAAACGCUCAAAAACAAAAUCAAGGUCUCCAAGGCAUCCCACAAUGACUCCAAGCCCAACAUCUCGUAUCCGACCAAUUUCGAGCACACGGUCCACGUGGGAUUCGACGCAAUCACCGGCGAGUUCACGGGCAUGCCAGAGCAAUGGGCGCUUAUGCUGAAGAACUCCAACAUUAGCAAACAGGAACAGAAGAAAAAUCCUCAGGCAGUGCUUGAUGUGCUCAACUGGUUCGACAAUAGCAGCAAACAACGACCCAGCUCCAAGUAUAUGACCCAUGGUCUGCAUACCACAACGCACUCUGCAUCGUCCAUAGGUUCCUCGCUGAGCCGAGUCAGCAGCAGUAGCCCGAGCAGCACCCCGACGGAUUCGGAGUCGCACGGUCCUGGCGUCAACCAGGUACAUCUGUCCAGUUCCCACUCGCAGGCGUACAGUUUGGGACCGCUAUCGUCGCACCACAACUCGACCGGUGAGCGAGACAGCGACGAACUCGGCGGACUCAGCAGCGGGGGUAGCAUCAGUGGCAAUGGCAUUCCACCGCCCAUCGCCAGCCGACCCGAGCGGACAAAGUCUAUCUACACGAGGCCUAUCGAUGAACCGACGCCGAUCUCGCCGCCAAUACCUCCACAUCUCAGUAGCAACGCGACGACCGGCGUCCGCAGUCCCACGUUCGAUAAGAACAAAAACUCGACGACGAUCCUCACAUCGACGGUAAACACCAACUCGACUACGGCAGCGACGGCUCAAACUCCGACCGCCGCCUGCAAUCUGAGCAACGCCAAUAAUCAACUGCAAGCAACACCAAUGGGCACAACGACGACGGCAGUGCCUCAAGUAGGAGGAGGUGGAGGCGGAGUAGUUACGACGACACCGACGGCUAAUACUGAACCUAGUACGCAGCAGCGCGCAAAUCUAAAAAAGAAGAAAAUGUCCGACGAGGAGAUUCUCGAGAAACUUCGAACUAUCGUCAGCGUGGGUGAUCCGAAGCGGAAGUACAACAAAAUGGAGAAGAUUGGUCAGGGUGCGUCGGGAACAGUGUACACAGCAAUCGAAAGCUCAACCGGCAUGGAGGUUGCCAUCAAACAGAUGAACCUCAGCCAACAGCCCAAGAAGGAGUUGAUCAUCAACGAGAUCUUGGUGAUGCGAGAGAACAAACAUCCGAAUGUGGUCAACUAUCUAGACAGCUAUCUGGUAUCCGAAGAGCUUUGGGUAGUGAUGGAGUAUCUGCCGGGUGGAUCACUGACCGAUGUCGUCACCGAAACGUGCAUGGAUGAGGGUCAAAUAGCGGCAGUGUGUCGGGAAGUGCUACAGGCACUGGAAUUCCUUCACAGUAACCAGGUGAUUCAUCGGGAUAUCAAGAGUGACAACAUCCUGUUGGGACUAGACGGUAGCGUGAAGCUGACCGAUUUCGGUUUCUGUGCACAAAUUUCACCCGAACAAUCCAAGCGAACGACAAUGGUUGGCACUCCGUAUUGGAUGGCACCGGAGGUGGUCACGCGGAAGCAGUAUGGACCAAAGGUUGAUCUCUGGUCGUUGGGAAUCAUGGCAAUUGAAAUGAUCGAAGGUGAACCGCCUUACUUGAACGAGAAUCCUUUGCGGGCCCUCUACCUGAUUGCCACGCACGGCAAACCAGAAAUCAAGGAAAAGGAAAGGCUCAGUCCUGUGUUUCAGGAUUUUCUCGACCAGUGCCUAGAGGUGGACGUAGAUCAGCGAUCCACCGCAUUUGAGCUACUAAGGCAUCCGUUUCUGAAACUGGCCCGACCGCUGGCAAGCCUGACACCGCUGAUUAUGGCCGCAAAGGAAGCUACCAAGGGCCACUGAGAUGAGGCGAAAGCCACCGAAAAAGAGGGCGAUACCGAAUCGAAGGAAGCACCUGCCACGGCUGUUUCCUAAAAACCAGUGCUGGUGUGUUUGUUUGUAUGCAGGUUUGUGGAUGUCGGAGCUAGUAGGCCGCUAUCGACCGCAAUCGUAGGCCGCUGUGCAGUGCUGCCGUACUGACACAUGUGAUUGAUGCUUUAAUGCGAUGGGCUAAUAUCUACACAUACAAAGUCAAGGCACAUGUGAUGACUGAUGGAUGCACGCGUGAGCGCAAAGCGUUUGAAAGAAGAGAGCGAACGAAAAAGUCAACCAAUAUUAGACCCAUAAGAAAAAAUAAUAAUUUAGUGGAAGUACUACAUAUAUUUAAAACAUGUUAAAAUUAAGCAGAAAAGUCUAAGAGAGUUGUUAAUAUGGAAGCAAGCUCUUCCCAGGCGGAACAAUAACAGAGAGAGAAACAACAAUAGCAAAAAUGUGUGGACAUUUGAACGCUUAACAAAAUACAAAACAACGUAAAUCAAGCGAAUGAGUGUACGAUAUUGUCUGGUAGCGUAGUUCAUCGUAGUCUCAAACAAUUGUAAAAAAAACUGUGUGAAUGUAUAUAUAGAGUACAAAUGGUGUAGAAUCAGAUGAAAUGCAAAAAGUGACAUUUUUGCGCCUAAUUUCGACCAUCGUGUCCUUUCUCACGGAUGGUCAUAUGACUGAUACGUGUUUAGGAGCCAGAAGCAGUAUACAGCAUGUUCAAGUUCGCUCAAACGCAUACUACGAGUAAAGACAAAUCUUAAACAAACAUAGGAACGAGAUUGACAAAAUUACAUCAAACCAAACAAAAAAAACAUGAAAAGUGCCUACACCAAGUGUAUGUGUCAGCAAAAUAUUAAACUAAACAGCAGAGCAAGGAAAACACGAUUUAAAUUAUUUAACCACUAUUUAUGUGUGAGCUAAUUGCGAAACGAGGACAAAAGUUUACAAUCUAAUAUUCAAACAAUACAAGUAUUACCUGUCAUUUAGAUACCACGUA